AUGGGGGAAAAGGAAGAGGUCGGGGGAAAGGGAGAGGUUGGGGGAAAGGGAGAGGUGGGGGGGAAGGGAGAGGCGGAGGGGAAGUGGGAGUUUGGGGGAAAAGGGGAAACAGGAGGAAGAGCGGAGGUGGGGGGAGGCGAGAAGGAGGUGGGGAGGGAGCGACAGCAGCAGGUUGAAAUUCUGCAAGGGUCUUUGGCAGAGGGGAGUGGGAAAGUAGCACCAGCAGCAAGAGAAGAUGCGGUCGCUAAAGCGGGGCUUGUGGGGAGUGGUGCUGCUGAGAGAGGAGGCGGUUCUGUGGGAAACACACCGGUGCAGCCGGAGCAGAAGGAGCUUCACAAGCAGUUGGAGCAGGCGGCAGUUAAUGUCACAGCUGGUUUGGAAGCCACUGUAGCAGCAGUGCUGCAUACGGUGACACCUCAGGUUAACCCUCAGGUUACCACUCAGGUUAGCCCUCCAAUUGUCUCUCAGGUUGCCCCUCAGGUUGUGUCUCAGUUGGAUCCACAGUUAUCCCAGGAGCAGGUGGAAGCUGCAGGCGUGGGGGGGCGCAAGAGAAAGGCGCCUGAGGAUGGGUUAGAGGAGGGAGUGGUUGCUCCUCAGGUUGUUUCUCAGGUGGGUCCUCAGGCAGCUCAGGAGCAGGUGGGGACUGCGGGCGAGGGGGGGCGCAAGAGAAAGGCUCCUGAGGAUGGAUUGGAGGAGGGAGUGGUUGCGAAGAGGAGGGAAGAGGAGAGAGGGGAACAGAAAAAGAAAGAGGAGGAAAGGGAGGGGGAGAAGGAGAAGGAGAAGGAGGAGGAGGAGGAGGAGGAGGAGGAGGAUAAGGAGAGGGAGAGGGUUAAAGAGGUGAUGGAGAUUGAGUUGUCAAAUAGGCCACUGCCAGUAGCACAGGCGUCUCAGGCUGUAGCACAGCAGGCUGUUGCAGGGGAGGCUGUAGCACCACUGGUUUUAGCAGAGGAGGCUGGAGCACCACAGGCUGUAGCACCACAGGCUGUAGCGCCACAGAUUGUAGCACCAGGGGCUGUAGCACAGCAGACUGCAGCACAGCAGACUGUAGCACCACGGGUUGUAGCAGAAGAGGUUGUAGCACCACAGACUGUAGCACAACAGGCUGCACAGCAGGCUGUAGCACCAUGGGCUGUAGCAUCGCAGACUGUAGCACAUCAAACUGUAGCACCACAGGCAGCACAGCAGGCUGUAGCACAUCAGGCACCACGUGCAGCACAGCAGGCUGUAGCACAUCAAGCACCACAGGCUGUAGCACAGGGGGCUGUGGCUCAGCAGACUGUAGCACCACUGGCUGUAGCAGAGGAGGCUGUAGCACCACAGGUUGGAACACCACAGGCCGUAGCAAAGGAGAUUGUAGCAGAAACGACUGGAGAGGGGGUUGUAGCAGAGAAGGUUGUUGAGGGGCCUAAGGUUGCAGAGGGGGCUGUAGCAGAGAAAGCUGUUGAAAAGGUUGUAGCAGAGAAGGCUACAGAGGAAGUGAAAAUGUCAGGACAGAAGCGGGCAUGGCUAGAUCUGGAGGAACCGGCUAAGGGGUUGGAGGAACCGGCUAGGGGGUUGGAAGAACCGGCUAAGGGGUUGGAGGAACCGGCUAGGGGGUUGGAAGAACCGGCUAAGGGGUUGGAGGAACCGGGUAAGGGGUUGGAGGAACCGGGUAAGGGGUUGGAGGAACCGGCUAAGGGGUUGGAGGAACCGGGUAAGGGGUUGGAGGAGGAAUGCGGAAGGGAUGGGGGAGGGAAGGGGAAUGGAGGGAAGGAGAAAGUGGAUAAAGAGGAGGAGAGUGGAGGGAAGAAAGAGAGAGAAGGGAAGGAAGAGCGGAGAGAGCAGGAGAUAGCAGGGAAGGAAGAGAAGGAGGCAUCAGGUAAAGAGGCAGUAGUGAAGGAAGAGAGGGGAGAGAAGGAGGAUAUGGGAGGGAAGGAUGAGAGAGGAGACAAGGAGGAAAAGAGAGGAAAGGAAGAGAGGAGAGAGAUGGAGGAGAGGGGAGGGAAGGAGGAGAAAGGAGGGAAGGAAGUGAGGGGAGAGAAGGAGACAGUGGGGAACGAGAUAAUAGUAGGGAAGGAAGAUAAGGGAGAGAAGGAGGAGAGGGAAGGGAAGGAGGGGAGUGGAGGGAAGGAAGUGAGGGGAGAGAAGGAGACAGUGGGGAACGAGAUAAUAGUAGGGAAGGAAGAGACGGGAGAGAAGGAGGAGAGGGAAGGGCAGGAGGAGAGUGGAGAGAAGGAGAGGGGUGUAAAGGAUGAGACAUUAGGUAAGGAGGAAAGGGGAGGGAAGGAGACAGCAGGGAAGAAGGGAGUUAAGGAGGUAACAGUAGGGAAGGAAGAGAGGGGAGGGAAUGAGGAGAGGGGAGUGCGGAGAGUAGGCGUGAGUAUGGAGGGAGAAGGGAAGGGAGAAGGGAAGGGAGAAGGGAAGGAAGAAGGGAAGGGAGAAGGGAAGGGAGAAGGGAAGGGAGAAGGGAAGGGAGAAGGGAAGGGAGAAGGGAAGGGAGAAGGGAAGGGAGAAGGUGGAAUGACUGAGAUGGUGGGUGGGGUCAAGGAGAGGGGAGAGGGGAGUGAAGAAGAGAAGAUUAAGGAGGAGGGCGAGAAUGGGAAGAGGAAAGAGGGGGAAGAAGGUGGGGAGAAGGAAGAGGGAGAGAGGGGGAAAAGGAGAGAGGCGGAAGAGAGCGGAUCAAGGAAAGAGGAGGGAGAGGGUACUGGGGAGGCUUGUCAGGUUGAGAGGGUGGUAUUGGGGGCAGAGAAAGAGGAGGUGGGUGGCGCAAGGUUAGGAGGGGAGAAGGAGCAGGAGGGUGGGGAGACGGCAGGCAGUGAUGCAGGGAAAGAGUUUGUUACGGGUUUGGUGCAGAGGACUGGUUUGGAUUUUUCAGUGGUGUGUAGCACAGAGGUUCUUGUGGGGGGAAAUGCAGGCAAGGUAGAAGCAGGGAAGGUGGGAACAGGUGAGGAGAAUACAGGACAGGCGAAAUCUGGGGAGGCGAGAGCAGGGGAGGAGGAGAUGGGGGAGGAGGAGAUGGGGGAGGAGAAAUUAGGGGAGAAGAGAUCAGAGAAGAAGGAAGGGAAGGCGAACACAGGGGAGGAGAAGGAAAGGGUAUUACCUGAGGGAAUAGUUGGAGUGCCGGCAGAGAGAACAGAGAUUGAGAAGUUACCAGGGAAGGACGAACAUGCGGGGUUAUCUGAAAAGGAGGGUACAGCACAGCUGGGCUCAGAACAGGCUGGUUCUUUUGAAAAAGAGCCUGCUGCAAACAAGAUGGCUGCAGCAGUGAGAGUGAGUGAAGUUGCGAAGAUGGUUGGAGGUGAGAGGAGAGAAGCAACAGAGGAAAGUGCGAAACGGCCUGACCCAGAACAGGCGGGCUCAUCAGUGGAAGAGUGUGCAGAUAGAAAGGUGGUUGCAGCAGUGCGAGAAGGUGGAACAGAAGCAGCAGCAGGAGGUGCGAACGUGGUUGGAGGUGCGAGGAUGGAUGGAGGCGAGAAGGGAGAAGAAGGGAAGGAAGGUGCGAAACAGCCUGACCCAGAACAGGCGGGCUCAUCAGUGGAAGAGUGUGUAGGUGGGAAGGUGGUUGUAGUAGUGCGAUUAGGUGGAGAUGAGAAAGUGGUUGGACCAGAGAAGGUGGUUGAGGUUGUGAAGGGAGAAGCAGUAGGGAAGGAAUGUGCGGAACAACUGGAAUCAGAACAGGCAAGUUUAUCUACAGUGGGGAAGGUGGUGGCAUCUGAUGUGGUGAAUGAAGCUGUGAAGGAGGCUGAAGGUGCGAAGGGAGAAGCAGGGAAGGAGGGUGUGACGCAACUGGCCUCAACACUGGCAGGUUCAUCUGAAAAGGAGCAUGCAGCUGCAAAGGUGGUGGCAUCUGAUGUGGUGAUCGGAGCUGUGAAAGAGGCUGGAGGUGCAAAGGGAGAAGCAGGGAAGGGGGAGGGUGCUUCUAAGCUGGGCUCCAAACAGGCAGGUUCACCUAAUAAGGAGCAUGCAGCUGGAAAGGUGGUUGCAGCAGUGCAGGGUGGAACAGAAACAGCAGCAGGAGGUGCGACAAUGGUUGGAGGUGAAAAGGAAGAAGCUGGGAAGGAAGGGCCGUCACAACUGGGCGCAGAACAGGCGGGUUCAUCUGGGAAAAGGUCAACAGCCGACGAGGGUAAGGCACCUGAUCUCGCAGCUGCAAGGGGGAAGGGGAUUCGACCUGAAGAAUCACCUGAGUCUGUGCAACCACCCGAACCUGUGGAGCAAGCUGAGCCUGUGAAGGCACCUCAGGAGAAGGCACCUGAGGAAAAGGCACCUGAGGAAAAGGCACCUGAGGAAAAGGCACCUGAGGAAAAGGCACCUGAGGAGAAAGCACCUGAGGUGAAAGCACCUGAGGAGAAAACACCUGAGGCGAAAUCACCUGAGGAGAAAGCACCUGAGGGGAAGACACCUGAGGAAAAGACACCUGAGGAAAAGACACCUGUGGAGAAGACACCUGAGGGGAAGGCACCUGAGGAGAAGGCAUCUGAGGGGAAGACACCUGAGGAGAAGGCACCUGAGGAAAAGACACCUGUGGAGAAGACACCUGAGGGGAAGGCACCUGAGGAGAAGGCAUCUGAGGGGAAGUCACCUGAGGAGAAAGCACCUGAGGAGAAGGCACCUGAAGAAAAGGCACCUGAAGAAAAGGCACCUGAAGAAAAGGCACCUGAAGAAAAGGCACCUGAGGAGAAGGCACCUGAGGAGAAGGAACCUGAGGAGAAGGAACCUGAAGAAAAGGCACCUGAAGAAAAGGCCCCUGAGGAGGUACCUGAAGAAAAGGCACCUGAGGAGAAGUAG